AUGCGUGAGAUCAUUAGCAUCAACGUCGGCCAGGCUGGUUGCCAAAUUGCCAACGCUUGCUGGGAGCUCUACUGCCUCGAGCACGGUAUUCAGCCUGAUGGAUACCUGACCGAAGAGCGCAAGAAGGCGGACCCUGACCAAGGAUUCAGCACUUUCUUCUCCGAGACCGGCCAGGGCAAAUACGUCCCUCGCACCAUCUACUGCGAUCUCGAGCCCAACGUCGUCGACGAGGUUCGAACUGGUACCUACCGCAGCCUUUUUCACCCCGAGCAGAUGAUCACAGGCAAGGAGGAUGCGUCCAACAACUACGCUCGUGGUCACUACACUGUGGGCAAGGAGCUCAUCGACCAGGUUUUGGACAGAGUGCGACGUGUUGCUGAUAGCUGCGCUGGUCUCCAAGGUUUCUUGGUCUUCCACUCCUUUGGCGGUGGUACUGGCUCUGGUUUCGGUGCCUUGUUGAUGGAGCGUCUGUCGGUCGACUAUGGUAAGAAGAGCAAGCUGGAGUUCUGCGUCUACCCUGCUCCUCAAACUGCUACCUCGGUCGUCGAGCCAUACAACUCUAUCCUUACCACACACACCACCCUCGAGCACUCCGACUGCUCCUUCAUGGUCGACAACGAAGCUAUCUACGAUAUCUGCCGCCGAAAUCUUGGCUUGGAGCGUCCUAACUUCGAGAACCUGAACCGCUUAAUCGCCCAAGUUGUGUCUUCUAUCACGGCCUCUCUUCGAUUCGAUGGCUCUCUCAACGUCGAUCUUAACGAGUUCCAGACCAAUCUGGUGCCGUACCCUCGUAUUCACUUUCCCCUGGUUGCUUACGCUCCGGUCAUUUCGGCUGCCAAGGCCGCCCACGAGGCCAACUCUGUUCAAGAGAUGACCAUGUCAUGCUUUGAGCCGUAUAACCAGAUGGUCAAGUGUGAUCCCCGUCAUGGAAAAUACAUGGCUACCUGCCUGCUGUACCGAGGAGAUGUCGUUCCUAAGGACGCUCACGCAGCUGUAGCUACGCUCAAGACCAAGCGCACCAUCCAAUUCGUCGACUGGUGCCCAACCGGAUUCAAGCUUGGUAUCUGCUUCCAGCCUCCCCAGUUCGUUCCCGACGGUGACUUGGCCAAGGUCAACCGUGCCGUCUGCAUGCUUUCCAAUACGACGGCUAUUGCUGAGGCUUGGUCAGCUUUGUCUACCAAGUUCGACCUCAUGUAUUCCAAGCGCGCUUUCGUCCACUGGUAUGUUGGUGAGGGUAUGGAAGAAGGUGAAUUCUCGGAGGCGCGUGAGGAUUUGGCAGCGCUAGAGCGCGACUACGAGGAAGUUGCCACCGAUUCCCUAGACGCUGAGGGAGAUGCUGAGGCUGAGUACUAA